ACUUGAAAACAGAUGCUUCUGCGUUGCUAAGAAAGGCAGAGAGGGAAGGAAGAGAGCGAACAAAAAUGCAAUCGCUGCAAGCCAAGGCCUCCCAGUGGAGCGGAGUCAGCCAAGACGACGCCUUUUCCAUUGAUCAAACCAAUCUCUUCCAGAAAGUAGGUCUCCAGACCUUCAUUAACCUUUCCACCAAUUUCUACACCAGGGUAUUUGAUGACGAGGAAGAAUGGUUCCGCUCCAUUUUUGCGAAUUCGAAGAAAGAGGACGCGAUUCGAAACCAAUACGAGUUUUUCGUGCAGAGAAUGGGAGGGCCUCCUCUCUACACUCAGCGAAGAGGCCAUCCUGCACUGAUCGCACGUCACCGACCAUUUCCUGUCACACAUCGAGCCGCAGAGAGGUGGUUGCAUCACAUGCAACAAGCAUUGGAAAGCACCCCCGAUAUCGAUGCAGACUCGAAAGAUAGAAUGAUGAACUUCUUCAGGCACACAGCAUUCUUUCUUGUGGCUGGAGAUGAGCUCAAGAGUCCAAACCAACAACCCCCGUGUAAGCAUGGGACCAGCAACCAGCUGUCCAUGUAAAAAAUUUUAGCAGGGUUUCCUUAAUCAGUCAAGAGAAACAACAAUAUACUAGCAUUCAUCAUCCUCUUGAAGUAAAAGGAAUUUCCUAAAUGCUUUCAUAUGGAUAAAUCUUGUGAUUAAGAUCCUUGCAUAUUUACAUUACUAUGCAAAAUUUAUAAAGUUUACCAAAGUGAAUCCUUGAGAGACCCUUCCACCCAA